AGAGGGUGCCUGAUUAGGAAGCAUGUCGAUCCCACGUGGUAGCCUGGCCUGAGUGGAACGAGUGCUGGGAGGCAUCGCAGCGAGACACCCAGCUGCAUCACAGGGGAGCCAGACAACCCACAAACAAGUCUGGACACACAUGACAAACUCGGUGUGUCGAAAGACGUUAACUGGUUAAACCCACUGUGAGAUCGCUCUUGUAAUUGAGACUCAUCUCCAGGCAUCUUAGCGGUGUCUGUCGUUGUACUCUUAGACAACCAACCAACCAACCAACCAACCAACCAACCGUCUUUGUUUUGUUUGUUUUUUUUACUUUUAACUUUAUUUUUGGCUUGACCCAGAUUUGGCAACUCCUGCGACGAAGCCCAAAUUGUUCUCAUCCUAAUUGUAGAGAUCCCGAAAAAAAAGGGGGAAAACGACAAGCGCAGAGUUUGGAGGACCUUUCGGACCUCGUCUCAGGGGAUUGACAAAGCUCCCACACUACCGAGGGGAGGUCAGCCUUCGCUCAUGCCCUCCUCCUCCUCCUCUCUCUCUCUCUCUCUCUCUCUCUGAGGCUUCACUUGCAAAGUUUCUUCGUUAUUCAGGAAGAGGAAAAAAAACAAGUGUGUUGUGAAGAAGAAGCCAGUCGUUGAGAAGUUUUGACAGCGAGGAAGAAGAAAGAGGAAGUACUGUUUUCGAGGCUUAAAUGAGUUUGCGGCUUUUUAGUUCUGCCACUCUCAGGAUGUUCUAAAGUUUGCCUCAUCAGAGCCAGGAAACUCUUCUAUCAACCGAGCCUGCAGUUGCAUCGUCUCUACCUUUCUCUGUUUCUUUUUUCAUUUUGUUCUGUAGCAGGUCAGAGCGCCGACUACUUUUCAUCUUUGUUGAGACCUGUUUCGAUCGGGAAUUCCUCCUUUUCAUUCCAGCUCUCCUCACCGUCGUUUACUGUACUGGGGCAGCAGCAGGUAGUUGGCUUGGCAGUUUCUGUUCUCAUAUACCUUGAACACCUGUCUCUUCUUUCACCUGUGUGGGGAAGGGCCAGUGACAUAACCCCCUUCCCCCAAUUCCCCCCCCCCCCCCCGCCCCCCCAGUCAAGCCUCUCCAAAACACCUGCAGCAUGUGGCGUGUCCAGGACAUUUCCAAAAGUUCUGAGAAGAGGACCCAGUGGAACGCCAGGUCAUCUGCCAGGUCCCGUGUGACUGGAUGGAUGCUUUGACUCCUCUGCUGCGUCGUCGAUAAUGACCCAGUAAGGCUCUGGAAAACCAUAGGAGUUGAAAACACUGAGUGGCACAAUGAACAAGGACUCCCGGUUAGCACGGAAAGGCAUGCCGUUAGGACACGGGCAUGGACGCAGGCACUCGUGUUUGGGUUUCGAUGUGGAGAAUGGGCUGUCGGUGGGGCGCAGCCCCCUCGACCCCCAGGCCAGCCCUGGCUCGGGCAUGGUCAUGCAGGCCAACUACCCCCACAGCCAGCGGCGGGAGUCUUUCCUGUACCGCUCCGACUCGGACUUCGACCUCUCUCCCAAGAACAUGUCACGGAACUCCUCCACUGCCAGUGAGCUGGAAGAGGGGUUGAAGCACUGGGAAAUCAGUUGGCUACCUCGCCACGGGGAAGACAUGAUAGUGACACCAUUUGCACAGGUACUUGCCAGUUUACGAACCGUGAGAAGCAACUUCGCCGUACUGACUCAUCUACAGGAUCGCGUGGGCAACAAAAGACCACCAAGUAGCAACCCGCCACCAAUGUGCAAACCAUGCCUAGCAGAGGAGCCUUAUCAGAAGCUGGCAGUGGAGACCUUGGAAGAGCUGGACUGGUGCCUGGACCAGCUGGAGACCAUCCAGACGCGUCACUCCGUCAGCGAGAUGGCCUCCAAUAAGUUUAAGAGGAUGCUGAACAGAGAGCUCACACAGCUGUCUGAGACCAGCCGUUCAGGAAACCAGGUGUCAGAGUUUAUUGCCAGCACAUUCUUAGAAAAGCAGCAUGAUGUGGAGAUUCAGUCGCCGCCCCCCAAGGAGAAGGAGAAGAAGAAAAGACCCAUGUCUCAGAUCAGCGGGGUUAAGAAGCCCACGCCGACCCCCAGCCUGGCCCCCACCUGCAUCCCACGCUUCGGGGUCAACACACACCAGGAAGACCUGCUGGCCAAGGAAUUUGAGGACAUCAACAGAUGGGGGCUGGAUAUUUUCAAAAUAGCUGAAUACUCUGGGAAUCGUCCUCUGACAGUGGUCAUGUACUCAAUUUUUCAGGAGAGAGACUUGUUUAAGUCCUUUAAAAUUCCCACAGACACUUUCAUCACGUUAAUGAUGACCCUGGAGGACCACUACCACGCUGACGUGGCCUACCACAACAACAUCCAUGCUGCGGACGUGGUUCAGUCCACCCACAUCCUCCUCUCCACCCCUGCUCUGGAGGCAGUCUUCACUGAUCUGGAGAUCAUGGCUGCUCUGUUUGCCAGUGCCAUUCACGAUGUGGAUCAUCCUGGAGUGUCCAACCAGUUCCUCAUCAACACAAACUCCGAGCUUGCCCUGAUGUACAACGACACCUCCGUUCUGGAGAACCACCAUUUGGCAGUGGGUUUCAAGCUGCUGCAGGAGGACAAUUGUGACAUCUUCCAGAACAUCAGCAAGAAGCAGAGACAAUCCCUCAGGAAGAUGGUCAUCGAUAUGGUGUUGGCUACAGACAUGUCCAAACACAUGCACUUCCUCGCUGACUUGAAGACCAUGGUGGAGACCAAGAAGGUGACCAGUCUCGGGGUGCUGUUGCUUGACAACUACUCCGACCGCAUUCAGGUGUUGCAGAACAUGGUGCACUGUGCCGACCUGAGCAACCCCACCAAGCCCCUGCAGGUGUACCGCCAGUGGACGGACCGCAUCAUGGUGGAGUUCUUCACCCAGGGAGACUGUGAGAGGGACAAGGGGAUGGAGAUCAGCCCCAUGUGUGACAAGCACAACGCCUCCAUUGAGAAGAACCAGGUGGGCUUCAUUGACUACAUCGUGCACCCUCUGUGGGAGACCUGGGCUGACCUGGUGCACCCAGACGCACAGGAUAUCCUGGACACCCUGGAGGAUAACCGAGAGUGGUACCAGAGCAUGAUCCCACACAGCCCCUCCCCGUCCCCCUCCCCCACCACCCCGGAGGACAGGGACCAGGAGGGGGGAUCCGGGGGCGCGCUGGGGGCCAGCGGAUCCUCCACAGGGGGCGACAAGUUUCAGUUUGAGCUCACCUUGGAGGAGGAGGACGAGGAGGAGGAGGACAGAGAUUCAGACCUAGAGAGUCCGUCUGAGAGCGAGAGAGAGGACUCCAGGACCCCCCCGUCUCUGCCUCUGGACCUCGGAGGCGGUGGCGGCCACCCCCGCCCUCCCUCCCCCCACCCCGGUCGAAACCUCAGCCUGGCCACCAUGUCGGUCAGGAGCCCCCGUCACCACAGGACGUUAAUGCUGCCGGGGUUGGAGAGGGACGACGGGGACGAGAGAGACAGAGAACUCAACCAGGACGGGGGCGGCGUGGCGUGCCUGCGUCUGGGCACAUAACACACACCACAGCCCCGCCCUGCACCACGCCUGCCUUUAACAAGCUGCCUCUCAUGGAGGUCUGUGCCAAUAGGAGGAGAGGGCAGGACAGUCCUUUUUAAUAAGCCUGUAGUAACCACAGUCCCUUUACACUGGAGACACCCCUCUGGAAGAAAACAAGGGAGAUUUUCCUCUUUUUUUUUUUAUCUGGCAGAACAA